AGACAUCCCUGAGCAUCCCUCUGGGGCGGAAACCCUCCGCAGAACCGAACCCUCUUCGUCUUUAUCAUCUUUUAUAUCAUCUCUUCUUCUUGCCUUUUGUGUGUAUUGUUGUUGUUGUUCUUCUUCUUAUUGCAAGAUAACUACUUAUCGUCACCAGUUUUAUGUUCAUUCAUCUCCAACAUAAUUAUUUCACACUGGCCGUAUUUCUUUCGCAGCAGUCAAUCAACCCUUCACCUGUGAUAUUUUACUACUAUCCAAAUAACCCUCACGUAUAUCACAGCCCUUAAAUUAGUUGGAAAAGAUGAACGGAAGUAAUGGAAGUAAACCACGGACAUCCAGCCUGACCGGAAAUCCUGAGGAGGAUAACAUUAUUUUGCAUUCCUUUGAUUACAUUCGAUCACUGCCUGGGAAGCAAGUACGCUCCAAGUUGUCAGUUGCCUUUAAUUACUGGCUUAAGGUGGAACCUGAAAUUUUGGACAAGGUUUGUGAUAUUGUUGAGCUACUUCAUAACGCCUCGUUGUUAAUUGACGAUAUCGAAGACGGAAGUGAAUUGCGAAGAGGACAUCCUGCUGCGCAUGCUAUAUUUGGAAUUCCUCAAACAAUCAAUGCUGCGAAUUACGUGUAUUUCAUCGCACUUGAGAGGAGUCUAGCUUUAAAGCAUCCUAAUGCUGUUGCCGUAUUCACGGAGCAACUCCUCGAAUUACACCGAGGUCAAGGGAUGGAAAUGUAUUGGAGGGAUUCCUUUAUAUGUCCGAGCGAACAGCAAUAUACUGAUACAAUUGUAAAAAAAACUGGAGGUCUAUUUAUGCUGGCCAUUAGAUUACUCCAGUUAUUCAGCAAUGAUCAUCGAGAUUUAAAAAAGCUGGUUUCUUUGCUGGGUUUAUUCUUCCAAAUACGAGAUGAUUAUGCCAACUUGAUGCUCGCAGAGUAUUGCGAGAAUAAAAGUUUUUGCGAAGAUUUGACCGAAGGUAAAUUCAGUUUUCCGGUGAUCCACGCUAUGAAUAAGCAUCCUGAAGACACUCAAAUAGCGUGUAUUUUACGGCAACGCACAAAAAGCCACGAUCUUAAGAAACAUUUUGUACUCCUUCUUCAAAAAUUCGGAUCUUUGGACUACACUCAGGAAAAGCUAAAAUCUCUUGCUCAUGAGAUUCGUGCAGAAAUUGUUGCACUUGGUGGAAAUCCUUAUUUAGAGUCUUUGGUUGAAGAACUUGUCUGCAAAAUUUUUCAAAAAUGAAAUUGGUUCAAACAGUGAUGUAAAAAUCUGGAUAUUACUGCCUCAAGCAGUUACUAUUAUUAAUGUUAUUAUUAUUGUUACGUAUUUAUAAUUAUUAUGAUGACGACAAUUUGACAUGACGAGAGUAUUAUCAAACGUAUUAACUUGUGUAUUGCUUGUUUAUCUUGACGUACUUAUAUAAAUGUAGGUCGGAGAAUAUUCAACAACAUUAUUAUGGUGAAAACUGCAUACAUGUGAGAUCGUUAUAAUCGAAUCGAAAAUUCUGAAAACCAGGCUUCCUAGUGCUUACAAAAAUACCGUCUCUCAAAUAAGCAAUAUUAAAAUUAGUAGCGAAAUAUUGUGCGGGUGCUGUACUACUCUAAAAAGGGUUGAUUGUAUAAACUAUAACUUGAAUAUUGACAACUUUAUAGUUUUUAUCAUGCAACCUUAAGCGUGGUUUAAUAAGAGAACUCAAAAUUGUACUUGCUCACAUUUCAAACAACUUUAUGUGUGGAAGAGUUACAUACUUUGUGAAAGAAAGAAUGAAUCAAGUUCGUGUUCUCAGGACUGUUAAAUAUAGAAACAAAUUAAACUAUUACUUAUUGUUAGUUAGGUACUUAGGAUUAAGGUGUAUGGAAUCUAGUUUUGCUACAAAGUAGAAAAAUAGUGCGUGUUCGUUCAUAGGUAGUAAUAAUACUUGCUUUAAAUACUGUAUAGCUAGUUAUAGUCUUUUACUUAGAAAUUCGCACAAUUCAUGAUUGGUAGAGACCAGGUUAAACUUGACGAACGAAUCUUUCUUUAUGUACUGUAUGUAAAAAAGUGUAAAACUGCAUCUUGCAAAAUAUCUACUAAAAUAUCAGUGUAACCUUCAUAUCGAUGACAUUUGAGACCCACAUGUUACAAAAUUCGACAAUAAUCGAAACCUUAUUGACUUUCCAAAUGCUUGAAUCAAAUUGAGCAAAUAUAAAAUCAGAGUGCCAUGCAUGAUGUCUUAUUUCUCCAGAAUUAAAGAAACCGCAGUAAAUACUGUACAAUUUUACAACAAAGAAA